CACACACACUGGCGCAGGCGGCUAGGGUUUCACACCAGCCGAGCAGUCUCCAUCCUGAGCCAGCACGCUCGCGGCCACCAUGGAACCCCUGCCUGGUAAUCCUGUCGCUGCCAUGCGCAGCAUCUGAACUUCCUUUGCCGUCUUCGGUCCCCCCCACCCCCCCCCCCCCACCCCACCCACCCACCCACCCACCGAACGCCAUUGGAGGCGGCGAGACGCGAGAUGACGCGCGGCCGCCACCGCCGCCCUGCCGCGCUGGCGACCUUACCAGACGACGACGACGACAUCCUCUCCGAGAUCCUCCUCCGCCUACCGCCGCGGCCCUCCUCGCUCCCUCGCGCCUCGCUCGUCUGCAAGCGCUGGCGUCGCCUCAUCACUGAUCCCCACUUCCGCCGCCGCUUCCGCUCCCGCCACCCGAAUCCCCCCCUUCUCGGCUUCUUCGACGAAUUUGUAGACUUUACUUUCUUCAAAUCCGUAAUGGACCUGCCAGAUCGCAUCCCACCCAGGCACUUCUGUCCGCCGAUCGUUGAUGAGAAGGGUGGCUGUGACCGUAAACAUUGGAGAAACUUCGGAUGUCGCCAUGGCCGCGUGCUCCUCUACAACCGGAAGCAGAAGGAGGUAGUUGUGUGGGAUCCCCCAACAGGAGACCACCGCCAGGUUGCCGUUCCGCCAGAGUUUGAUAACGAAGAGAGGAUGAUCUGGAACGGUGCAGUACUCUGCGCUGCUGCCAGCGACCACAGCCACGUCCACGGCGGUUUCUGCUCUUGCCCCUUCAAGGUGGCCGUGGUUGGUGUCACCCUCAAUCACACACAAGUGUUUGCCUCCAUCUACUCAUCACAAACAGGCAAAUGGAGCAAUCUCGUCUCAGCAGCUGUUCCGUUUGUGGUUUAUUAUGUUGCUCGUCCUGGCGUCCUGGUUGGCAAUGCCUUGUAUUGGAUGCCUCUUGGUCAUGGCUAUGGCAUUGCUGAGUUUGAUUUGGACACACAUACUCUAGCGUUGGUUGAGUGUUCUUCUGGUGCAAAAGAUUUAAAGGGCCGUUCUCGAAUCUUGCUAGCACAAAAUGGUGUCCUGUGCCUAGCCAUUCUGUCAGGCCACAGCCUCCAAAUGUGGGAGAGGAAGGUUUGUUCUGAAGGUGUUGCCAGCUGGGUGCUGAGGAAGUCUGAUAAGCUGCAGAAGAUUCUUGGGCGGAGGUCUAGUAUGUUUAUACUUGGUUAUUCUGAUGAUAUCAAUGUGAUUUCACUAUGGAUUGAUGGCAGUUCCUACUUUCUACAACUCAACUCCCUGCAGUUCACAAAACUUUGGGAAACAGAUAUCAUCUCCAAAAAUCAUCCCUAUGCAAGUAUAUAUGGUUCAGGUUUGUAUGCUGAAAUGGACAAGGAAGAGCUGAUUGAGGGUGUUAACACCAUGCUGAGAGUGGCAGAAAGUCUGCUGGUGGCACGACGCGGGACUGAAGGUGGUGCCAAGCAACUGACAGAUGAAGAACACUAGGAGAAGAAUGAUAUGUCGGAAUGAAGAAACACUGAGAGCUUGACAGGGGGGGUUGGGUCGUAUGUUUGAGCUUGUGCUGAUGUUUGUUUGCUCUUGGGUUUAGUCUGUUUCAGAUACUUGUAUGCUGCCUUGUCAGAUUGGGGAUUUUUUGGGUUGCAGUCUGGACUCUUGAGUCAGAGCUGUAGACUGUAACCGGUUCUGGGGUAUUUUACUGGUAGCUUUCCUUUUCUCCCCUGUUACAAACUCAUGUAUUUCCGUUGGCUUUCGACGAUCUCUGUAGACGUUACCAGUUGAGACUUGAAUAGAUUUAUGCAAUAUUGCAGUGGCAUUUAGAGUUUAGGUUGCUUA